UCUCUAUAUCACAAUUCACAACAUAUAAAUCUAUAAAUAUAUAAACAUAAUUUGUAGAAACGACAACACCUCAACCAUGACUUCACCCCCAACUGCCGCUGCGGAAAUCGAUUCCUCAAUUUGGCACGCAAUCGCCGGCGCCGGCGUCCACGUUCCUGCCGUCAAUUCCGCCGUCUACUACUUCCCCCAGGGGCAUCUCGAGCAGUGCUCCGCCGCCGCUAAUCACAAUUUCACCCACACUUGGCCCUGGAUUCCUUGCCGAGUCAUUUCCGUUCGCUACCUCUGCGAUUCCGUUUCCGAUCAGGUUUUUUCCAGAAUUCUCCUCCAGCCGCUGUGUCCGCUCGAUUCGCUUCCGACCGGUGGAGGCUCCGCCGCCGCCGACGACGAAAUCCUCUCGUUCGCGAAGAUCCUGACGCGCUCGGACGCCAACAACGGCGGCGGUUUCUCGGUGCCUAGGUUUUGCGCGGACAUCAUUCUGCCGCCGCUCGACUUCGAGGCGGAUCCGCCUGUGCAGACUCUGGUGACGAGAGACAGCCACGGCAAUGCGUGGGGGUUCCGCCACAUCUACCGCGGCACGCCGCGGCGCCACCUGCUCACCACUGGCUGGAGCAAGUUCGUGAACGCGAAGCGCCUCGUGGCCGGCGAUUCGGUCGUGUUUAUGAAGAGGAAAUCGACGGAGGAGCUGUUCGUCGGGAUCCGGCGCGCGGAGAGGUUCGGCGGCGACGAGAAAUCGGAGGCGGCGGAGGCGAUCUCGGCGAUCGAGAGCGCGGUGAGAGGACUGCGGUUCGAGGUGGUGUACUACCCGAAGGUAGGGUCCCCUGAUUUCGUCGUGGCGGCGGAGAAGGUUAACGAGGCGCUGCGGAUCCCGUGGAACGCGGGGAUGAAGGUCAGGAUGGCGGUGGAUAGUGACGACGCGUCGCGGCUGGCGUGGAUCCAAGGUGGCGUAACCGCCGUGUCGCGGCCGAUGACCGGGAUCUGGCUCAACUCCCCUUGGCGCAUGUUGCAGGUGAAUUGGGAUGACCCCGAAGGUUCGCAUGCAAAUGUGAACCCAUGGGAAGUGGAAUACCUACCACUCUCUCCACUAAUCGAUCCCGGGUUCCAUCCUGCCAAGAGGUUGAGAUUCUUGCCUGAUCCGGGCAUCCUAGCCACCGAUUCGUCACUAUUGCGUCAAUAUCCUCCUGCUGGCAUGCAGGGAGCCAGGCGAAACCAUAUGGCGGCCGACGUCCUCCAACCUCCAAACAACUACGUCAAACCUCUGAACGACGUCCCCCAACAUCCGACUAAAGAACCUGAUGAACAAGUCAUAUCUAUCUCCACAGUGUUGACUAUUGGGAGGUCCAGCUCGGACAUUGUGUCGCCGGUCAGCCAGAACGGCGUUCAGGCUGCUACGUCUUUCCAGUUGUUCGGAAUGAAGAUUGCAACUUCUGCGGUGGAGAGGGAUGCCAUUGCUGCACAUAGAGAUUGAUUUUUUUGACUGUAUAGGGAGUCCAUUUUUAGACAUUGUUUCAAAACGUGAUUGACUUCUUUGGAAUAUACUACUAGAAAUGUUGUCUGCCUUGCU